AUGACGGGUUCAGAGCAACUGAGAAACUGCAGAAGUCAGGAAGCCUUUUGCGAUUACAUGGUGAGAGGGAGUCUGCUGGAACAGUACAGCCUUUCCUUUCUGAAUAUCCUUGUCAGUGUCAUCUCAGACUAUAAUCUAAGUGACGCCUUGAAAAAGCUGAAGCUAACAACCACUGACAGCACAGCAGAUAGCUUGGAGGGAUGCUUGGACUGUCUGCUUCAAGCUCUGGCACAAAACAAUAUGGAGACAAGUGAAAAAAUCCAGAAAAGUGGAGUUCUUCAGGUGUUCGCAAGUCUGUUGACGCCACAAUCUUCCUGCACAGCAAAAGUAGCUAACAUCAUAGCAGAAGUAGCCAGAAAUGAAUUCAUGCGGAAUGCAUGUGUGGAUGCUGCCUUGAUCCCUCCUUUGGUGCAGCUGUUAAACUGCAAAGACCAGGAAGUGUUGCUUCAGACAGGACGUGCCCUGGGCAAUAUAUGCUACGAUAGCCAUGAGGGCAGGAACGCAGUUGACCAUGCAGGUGGUGCACAUAUUGUAGUAGACCAUGUAAGGUCACUGUGCAGUAAAACAGAUCCAGCCAGUGAGAAGCUCUUGACUGUCUUUUGUGGCAUGCUGAUGAACUAUAGCAAUGAGAAUGAUACUCUGCAGUCACAGCUUAUCAAUAUGGGUGUUAUUCCUACAUUAGUGAAAUUAUUGGGUAUUCAUUGCCAAAAUGCAGCUCUGACGGAGAUGUGCCUUGUCGCAUUUGGCAAUUUAGCAGAACUGGAGUCAAGUAAAGAGCAGUUUGCCUACACAAACAUUGCUGAAGAGCUUGUGAAACUGUUCAAGAAGCAAAUAGAGCAUGAUAAAAAAGAGAUGAUUUUUGAAGUUCUGGCUCCCCUGGCAGAAAAUGACGUCAUUAAGCUGCAGCUGGUUGAAGCAGGCUUGGUGGAGUGCUUACUUGAAAUCGUCCAGAAGACUGUGGACAGUGACAAAGAGGAGGAUAUUGCAGAGCUGAAAACAGCUUCUGAUCUUAUGGUUUUAUUAUUGCUUGGAGAUGAAUCCAUGCAGAAGUUAUUUGAAGGAGGAAAAGGCAGUGUGUUCCAAAGAGUACUUUCAUGGAUUCCUUCCAACAGCCAUCAGCUACAGCUUGCAGGAGCACUGGCUAUUGCAAAUUUUGCCAGAAAUGAUGGGAACUGCAUCCAUAUGGUGGAUAAUGGCAUAGUUCAAAAGCUGAUGGAUCUGCUAGACAGACAUGUGGAGGAUGGGAACGUAACUGUGCAGCACGCUGCACUGAGUGCUCUCAGAAACCUGGCUAUUCCUGUUGUAAAUAAGGCUAAGAUGCUAUCAGCUGGUGUUGCAGAAGCUGUAUUGAAAUUCCUCAGAUCAGAGAUGCCCCCUGUUCAAUUCAAGCUGCUGGGAACGUUAAGAAUGUUAAUAGAUGCACAAGCAGAAGCAGCAGAACAGCUGGGCAAAAAUGUAAAGCUGGUGGAACGGUUGGUGGAGUGGUGUGAAGCCAAGGAUCAUGCAGGUGUGAUGGGAGAGUCCAACAGACUACUUUCUGCACUUAUACGACACAGCAAAUCAAAAGAUGUAAUUAGGACCAUUGUACAGAGUGGUGGCAUCAAGCAUUUAGUAACCAUGGCAACCAGUGAACACGUAAUAAUGCAAAACGAAGCACUCGUUGCACUGGCAUUAAUAGCAGCUUUAGAGUUAGUAACUGCUGAAAAGGAUCUUGAGAAUGCUCAGCUUGUUCAGAUUCUACACAGACUGCUCUCAGAUGACAGGAGUGCUCCAGAAAUAAAAUACAACUCCAUGGUGCUGAUCUGUGCCCUUACAGGAUCAGAACGUCUUCAAAAGGAAGUGCAAAGUAUGGCAUUUUUAGAAGUCAUAUCAAAACUCCGCAGCCAUGAGAACAAAACUGUUGCCCAGCAGGCCUUGCUAACAGAGCAGAGACUUGCUGUAGAAAGCUGAGGAAAGUCGUGUUUCCAAUGCAUCCCAUCACUGAUUUCACCUUUGUCCUCUGUCCUGCUGCUACUCCUGCUAUGUUUUCCACUGUAUCACUUGUGCAUGCGUGUAAUGUUCCCACACAAAUUGAUGAACUGCUGUAGGUACCAGUCCAAAAAAGGUUUCUACAAAUUCAUAGGUGGUGUUAUCAUGAACCUGUCUCCACCCUAAACUGUUCUACUUGUAUUCUUGUUGCUUGGGCCACAUAGUAGAAUGUGCAUGUUGUAGUCCUAUGAUGACGUAGAAGUGGUACUACACAAUGACUCUUUCCUCACACCCCCUAACUGUGUAACAAUGUAUGCUAAAUUAGGGAUGAUCCAAGAUGCAGCAAGUCCAGGCUAGCGUGCUGACUAUAGGAUUAAGAAGUAAAUCUAGCUCCAUUUUUGGUGCUUCAGAGAUUCAGGUUUGAAUGCAAUGUAUGGCUGCUCAUUCACUGGUCUUGCCUAUUAAUGUCAAACUUGUGGUACCUAGAGGUAACAAAUAAAAAUUGCAGUGCUCUCACUUUA